GGGGAAGAAAGCGUCAAGAAUGAACCGGCUCUCAACCAUCGCUGGCCAUGUGGCGCCUCCCGCAGCUGCCGUGUCGGCUGCCGGGAGCAGCUACGGCUUCGCAUCUGGGCGGGGGAAGAAUCCCGACGACGUGGUCAUCUGCAGCUCCCUCCGGACGGCCGUGACGAAGGCCAACAAGGGCGGCUUCAAGGACAUGAUGCCCGAGGAUCUUCUGAAGCCGCUGUUCGAGGAAAUCGUCCAGAGGACCGGUAGGCUCAAACAAGGAAGAGGAGCACACGACAGUGGAGCGUGUGACAUGUGGAUGUGUUGGUGUACAGGCGUUGAUCCUCGCCUGAUAGGUGACAUCAGCAUCGGCAACGUGCUGCAGCCUGGAGGUGGUGCGCUGUCCAGCCGGAUAGCCCAGCUGCUUGCCGAGCUCCCCGACACCACGCCCAUCGCCACCGUCAAUCGGCAGUGCUCGUCCGGUCUGCAGGCCAUCGCAAACAUCGCGGGCGCCAUCAAGGCGGGCUACAUCGACAUCGGUCUGGCGGGCGGGGUGGAGACCAUGACGCAGCACUCGAUGCAGGAUUCGCUCAACCCCGAGAAGCUCAGCCCCUCUGUGUUCGAGCACGAGGCCGCCCGCAACUGCCUCCUGCCCAUGGGCAUCACCAGCGAAAACGUCGUCACCAAGUACGGCAUCACGCGACAGCAGCAGGACCAGCUCGCCGUCGCUUCCCACGCGAAGGCGGCCACGGCGCAGAAGACCGGCCUCUUCAAUGACGAGAUCGUGCCCGUCAUGGCGCGUGUCAAGGACAGGAGCGGCGAGGAGAAGCACGUGGUCAUCGACAAGGACGACGGCAUCCGUGCGGGCACCUCGAUUGAGACGCUGUCCAAGCUCAAGCCAGCCUUCCAGAAGGGCGGGUCGACGACGGCCGGCAACUCGAGCCAGGUGUCGGACGGCGCGGCCCUCUGCCUGCUGGCCCGCCGCAGCGCCGCCGAGCGACUGCACCUGCCCAUCAUCGGCAAGUUCGUGUCGUUUGCCGUGGUGGGCGUGCCGCCCGAGAUCAUGGGCAUCGGGCCGGCGGUGGCCAUCCCGGCCGCCCUCGAGCAGGCCAACCUGGGCAUGGACGACAUAUCCGUGUUUGAGAUCAACGAGGCCUUCGCCUCACAGGCCACCUACUGCGUGGACAAGCUCCGGGUGCCCCUGCACAAGCUCAACCCCAAGGGCGGGGCCAUAGCCCUCGGCCACCCCCUGGGCUGCACGGGGGCGCGGCAGCUGGCCACACUCAUGCCCGAGCUCAAGCGGGGCGGGGGGCGGUACGGCGUGGUGUCUAUGUGCAUCGGCACCGGCAUGGGCGCGGCGGCCGUCAUCGAGAACGAACAAUGA